AUGCAGUAUUUCUAUUCAGAUAGAGUAACAGAACUGGUUUCAAAGUGCCUGCAGGCCCAGGACAUGGCCUACUGUCCCUACAGCCGCUUCCCUGUGGGUGCUGCCAUUUUAACAGCAGAUGGUUCUAUAAUCACAGGCUGUAAUGUGGAAAAUGCCUCCUAUGGUCUGACUGUGUGCGCAGAGAGGACAGCCAUCCAGAGAGCUGUAGCCGAGGGACACAGACAGUUUACCGCCAUCGCUGUGACAUGUGAUAUUAAAGACCGUUUCGUUGGGCCAUGUGGAGCAUGCAGACAGGUUCUCAUGGAGUUUGGAUCAGAUUGGACUGUAUAUUUAACCAAGCCGGAUGGAACUUACAAGGAAACUACGCUCAGCAAACUGCUUCCCUUAGCAUUUUCCCCCGAACACCUCGCAAAGAACUGACCAUCCUUCAGCUGGAUGCCCAUGCACUCUAAGCUCUGACAGAUAAAGAGAACUACAUAGUAAAACUUAGUAGUUUUUUCAUAGUAAGUUUAGACUUACUAUGUACA